AUGGAUGAAAUGUUCGACCUCGACUUAGCUUUAUCAAUGCCAGAAGAGGAUUCAGCAACAGAGUGGAAUAAAUACAACCUUGAAGCUCAGUUUAGGGUGGAAGCUGCCCGGCACAUGGUGGAGGAGAUGCCGACGACGGCAGGCGGCGGCGGCGAAUGCACAGUGUGCAUGGAGGGCUUUGGGUCAGGCGGCGGCAGGGAAGUCCCCUGCGGCCAUGUUUUCCAUGAAAGCUGCAUUUUUCGGUGGCUCUCCAUCCAUAAUUCAUGCCCUUUGUGCCGCCGCGAUGUCUCCGCCUCUUAA